CACCGGAAGUUUUUUUUUUUUUUACAUCAGUUCAACAUGGCGUCGUACAUGGACGAUGGGGAUUAUUUUGUGAGAGAACUAGAGAAAAAUGACGGCUGCACUCUAAAGUUGAAACAGUGUUACGUCGGGGAUGUCGGUUGUGUAGUUUGGGACGCAGCAAUUGUUCUAGCGAAAUAUUUAGAGACCAAACAGUUUUACGACCCGCCGUCAGGAGUGGACGUGUGGUCUGGCAGCCGUGUAGUCGAGCUGGGAGCUGGCACAGGAGUUGUUGGUCUGAUGGCAGCGACACUCGGAGCACAAGUUACUGUCACAGAUUUGGAAGAUCUUCAAAAUCUUCUGCAAGUGAAUAUUAAAGACAACCAGGCCCUCGUUAACUGUGGAUCUAUAACUGCCAAGGUACUAAAAUGGGGAGAUGAUGUGUCCGAGUUCCUGCCUCCCCCUCAUUAUGUCCUCAUGGCAGAUUGCAUCUAUUAUGAGCAGUCAAUUGCUCCACUGGUUGAGAGCCUGAAACUGCUUUCAGGACCAGAGACCUGCAUUAUUUGCUGCUACGAGAAACGCACUGAAGGUGUCAAUCCAGAAGUAGAAAGGAAAUUUUUUGAGUUGCUGCAACAAAAUUUUACCUGUGAGAAGAUCCCCUCUGACAAACAAGAUCCAGAGUUUAGUAGUCCAGACAUUCACAUUUUGCAUAUCCGUAAAAAAGUUUAAGCUUUCAAUGUCUAUUUUUCCCCCCUUUGUGGGAUUGUCUUUAUUGCCACAAACAUAUCAGACUCUACAUUUUUGUGUGAAUUUUUAAAUCUAUUUUAAUAUAAAAUAAAACAAAGUUUUAUGAUGA